AGCUGCUAUUCACAAUUUAAGGAAAACAUUAUUUAUUUACCUAUCUACAGAAUACAACAUAAAAAAAAUAGAAUUUGAUGUAAAGUAAUGUUGCUACACACUCAUGUACAGUAGGUGGCGGUACGCACCUUAAAAUGGCUUCCGAUCCGCCGUAAUGGAAAAGAAGAAGAAGUAACAGAAAAGAAGAAGAAGAAAAAGAUGCAGCAGCUGCGUGUAGCGGCGCUAACUGUCUGAGUUGUGUUUUGUUUUUCAUUUUAUAUUUUGAAAUGAACAUUUGCAACUAGAAUAAAAGCGAGGACUAAUCGCUUUAAACGCUCCGCUGAAAUGAGGCUGAACAUCGAUGGUCUGCUGGUGUUUUUUCCCUAUGACUACAUCUAUCCCGAGCAGUACUCCUAUAUGCUGGAGCUAAAGAGGACUUUAGAUGCAAAGGGUCAUGGAGUCUUGGAGAUGCCAUCAGGAACAGGGAAGACCAUCUCUCUGCUGUCCCUCAUCGUUGCUUACCAGAGAGCCUUCCCCUUGGAGGUGACCAAGUUAAUUUACUGCUCCAGAACAGUUCCUGAGAUCGAGAAAGUGGUGGAGGAGCUCAGGAAGCUGAUGGAGUUUUAUGCCAAAGAAACUGGAGAAGUGAACAACUUCCUGGCUCUUUCUUUAUCCUCCAGGAAAAACCUCUGCAUCCACCCAGAGGUUAGCUUGCUACGUUUUGGGAAGGAGGUGGAUGGAAAGUGCCACAGUCUGACAGCAUCAUACAUUCGGGCACAACGCCACAGCAAUCCCAACCUGCCUUCCUGCCGCUUCUAUGAGGAGUUCGAUGCAGUCGGUCGACAGGUUCCUCUUCCUGCCGGGAUCUACAACCUUGAUGACUUAAAGGACUUUGGCAGGAGGAAAGGCUGGUGUCCGUACUAUCUGGCUCGCUAUUCGAUUCUUCAUGCCAACAUCGUGGUAUACAGCUACCACUACCUGCUGGACCCUAAGAUAGCUGACCUAGUGUCCAAGGAGCUGGCCAAGAAAUCAGUGGUGGUUUUUGAUGAGGCUCAUAAUAUCGACAACGUGUGCAUCGACUCCAUGAGCGUCAACAUUACUCGGCGAACGCUGGACCGCUGCCAGAACAACGUGGACACGCUCCAAAACACCAUACACAAGAUUAAGGAGACAGAUGCUGCCAAGCUGAGGGAGGAGUACAGACGAUUGGUGGAGGGUCUGAAGGAAGCCAAUGUUGCCAGGGAGACCGACAUCUAUCUGGCAAACCCAGUUUUACCUGACGAGAUCCUGCAAGGCUGGCAUACGUACUCACCAUCUAUUGAGGUAUUGUUGGCUACAGCACUGUGCUGCUUCACCCACGUCUGGUCCAGCUCUGUGAAAUUCCUCAACCAGUGCCUCCUGUGCAGCUGCACGUCCAAACUAAGCAGCCUCCUCUUGAAUAAUUCACCUUUUUUUUUCUUGCUGUGUUUGUCGUCGCUCUUUACUUUAAUGGUUUUUGAUGCUGACUGUGCCUCCAGGUUCUGUGCAGAGAGGCUGCAGUCCCUGCUGCGGACUCUGGAGAUCGCAGACAUCGCAGACUUCUCCGCCGUUACGCUCAUCUCUAACUUUGCAACUCUUGUCAGCACCUACAGCCAAGGUUUUACAAUCAUCAUUGAGCCUUUUGAGGACAGAACCCCAACCAUUGCCAACCCUGUGCUGCACUUUAGCUGCAUGGACCCGUCUAUAGCCAUCAAACCAGUCUUUCAGAGGUUUCAGUCAGUCAUCAUCACAUCAGGGACCCUCUCUCCGUUGGACAUCUACCCCCGCAUCCUCGACUUUCGGCCUGUUACCAUGGCGUCUUUCACCAUGACGCUGGCACGGACCUGCCUCUGCCCUCUGAUUGUCGGCAGGGGGAACGACCAGGUGGCUCUGAGCUCAAAGUUUGAGACCAGGGAGGAUUUCGCUGUGAUCCGUAACUACGGUAACCUUCUCCUGGAAAUGUCUGCCAUCGUUCCGGACGGGAUCGUGGCGUUUUUCACCAGCUACGUCUACAUGGAGAACAUAGUGGCAGCUUGGUAUGAGCAGGGAAUCCUGGAGAACAUCCAGAGGAACAAGCUGAUCUUCAUCGAAACACAAGAUGCAGCAGAGACCAGCAUGGCUCUGGAGAAGUACCAGGAGGCGUGUGAGAACGGCAGAGGAGCCAUCCUCCUCUCCGUGGCCAGAGGAAAGGUGUCAGAAGGGAUCGAUUUUGUGCACCACUUCGGCCGAGCGGUCAUCAUGUUUGGAGUCCCAUAUGUUUACACUCAGAGCCGCAUCCUGAAGGCUCGUCUGGAGUAUCUGCGAGAUCAGUUUCAGAUCAGAGAGAACGACUUCCUGACGUUUGACGCCAUGCGGCAUGCAGCUCAGUGCGUGGGCAGAGCCAUCAGAGGCAAGACGGACUACGGCCUCAUGAUCUUCGCAGACAAGCGAUACGCACGAGCAGACAAACGUGGGAAGCUUCCUCGGUGGAUUCAGGAGCACAUCAACGAUGGGAGCCUGAACCUCACGGUGGACGAGGCCGUCCAGCUCUCCAAGCACUUCCUCCGUCAGAUGGCUCAGCCUUUCAGACAGGAGGACCAGCUGGGUCUCUCUCUGUUGACUCUGGAGCAGCUGGAAUCAGAGGAAAUGUUGCAGAAAAUCUCCCAGAUGGCUCAUCAGACCUGAAGCUCUUUUCACCGCCAGUUUACAGUUGAACAAAAGGAGGACCUUAUUUAAUCAGAUUUCUCUUCUCACACCAGUUCUUGUCUUUAUCAGUCUUUAAAUUUUCUUCUAUAUGUAACAGAAUAGGGUGAAAAAACAGCUGAUGUUUCUAAACCUGGUAAAAACAUUUGCAGUGACCAACAUGCAUGGAGCUCGUUUUCUUUGCUGCUUGAUGCCUUCAGAUAGCAGCUGCUGUUUAAAAGUAUUAAAUGGCAAGAAAAUAUUUUUUUUAAUACUUGAUUGGCUCAGAUAUAUUUCUAUAUUAAAAAACAGCAGGUUUUGCUGUUUGUCAACAAAACUGGAUCCAGAGACCUGAUUCAAGAUCGUCCCAUGGACCAGAACCAACAAUUUGUGUCAUCAGUUUUGUUGUUUUUUCAGAAAUAAUACAAACUGAGUGAUGUUUAUAAAUCAGCCACAUAAUGUGUCUGUCAUACAGACUGAAACGACUGCAGGUUUUUUGUUCUGACUGUAAAUAGACACUUUCUACACAUUUCUUUUUUUUCUAUAAAUGGUUCUACCAAACCGUUUGUUUUUAUUUACUUCAUGUCAUAGUAAUGCAAAUAUAAACUGC